AUUCAAAUGAAAACUAUAGUGACAUUUCCCAGCCUAUCUUGUCAAAGUAGCCGCCGCAUAACAGACUAGACUCUAGAUACAUCCAUGUUUACAAAUACUAUGGCUAUUUUUUGUAUUGGUCUCCAAGGCCACACACAGGUUGUCAUCAAUUCCCGAGUAGGCGAGCCAGACUGAUUGAUGAAACCAUGAUACAAUGUAAACUGCGCGAGACUUCCUUAGUCUUUCUGAGUUCAAGGAGAAUGUUAACGGAGAUCAUAAGUGAACAUGUGUCUCCGGAGAUGAUCUACACCAUUUACUUCUUAACCCUGAUCGUGGCCUUGAUUCUGGUCAUCUUCAUGAGAUAUCUAUGGCUGUUGUGUUACACCAAGACAGAAGAAGUGCAGCUCACCUGCAGGAAAAAGACCGCCAGAGUGGCUCCUAUUCUGACUCCAUUACCAAUAGACUUCAGAUUCUUCAAGUACUCUUAUGAAAUCUACGAGUCCCAGACAGAGGUCAUGCAGUCCAGCUCGGCUAUCGUCAUCCACUAUUUUCAACAUGUCUUGUACAUGUGUAACUGGUCUAGCGUCAGGAAGAUUUGGCGAUUGAUGAAGAGUAUUUGUUUACGCAGCGGUAACGAUAUGGACAUUUUGAAGGACCCAAAGUCUGUGAUCGGUUCCGACGUAGAAAUGAGAUGUAACGACGAAUUGGAUGCAUUUGGGAAAGUCCUUCAUUUGUUCAAUAUAGAUGCAGUACAAAUACCAAUAGUUCAUGUUCCUGAUUAGGUCCAUGUAUCAAUUGACGUCAUAUUGUUUUUGGAAUUAAGGGACAAGAACUCUACACAACAGGGGACAAUAUCUUCUCCACCAUGGCAUUGGCCAUAGUUCCACCGACAUUCUACUCAUGGCGUAAUCAUCGUUACCCUAGCAACCAGACGUGGUAAAACGAUGUUGGGCUUCCGACCAUCUGUAGGAAUUCGCUGAAUCACGCUUCAUUCAAGCUCCUCUAACUUACAUUUCAGCAUGUGACAACUUACGACGCAAAGAGCGACGUGAAGCUGACUCGAACUUGGGCUGGCAUUGUGACCAUUAGUUCUGGAGUAUGCAAGACAAAACAAUUCAAAUUAAAGCUCUUUUGGCUGGGCUCCAGAAGAAGUCUAUUCCCAACAACAACGACGCAUUGUGUGCACCACGUUUUAUGCACUGCAGACGAGAAAUCUAUCACUGCGUGUCUGUAAGACAAUUCGUAAAUAACAUCAAAGGUAUACAAUGUCCAGGCAUAACGUUAAGACACACACUUCGUUUGCCAAAAACGUGAUGGCUACCCCCCUUGAUACUAAUUUCUUUGAUUUUUUCUAAAGGAUCUUUUGUCCCUGACCUAAUAACCAGCAGGCUUUAUAUUUUAAACUCUGUUUUCAAUCGGAGUUGUGGGCGGGGGCGGGAGAGGAAACAAAAAUCGUUUAUUUUUCAAAUGUAAAACAUUUGGAAUGUCAUUGACGCCGAUCUCUCGCACUGAGGCGUUAAGCUUUUUCACUGAGGCGUUGUCCUAAAGGCCUUGCGCCGAAGCGUUGUACUUUAAGCUUUUUCACCGAGACGUUCUCCUGAAGCCAUUGCACAGAGAAUUCGCCAUAUUUACCUCAAUAAUCAAUAGCCUCAUAUGUGAUGUAAUUUUCAUUGAUUUUAUCAAGAGACUUUUUUUUUUUUUUACUUGUAACCAUGGUAACCAAGACAAAAUGUAUAACGCUUACAAUACUUUAAGGGAAAAAAAAUGUGACAUCAAGCACUGCUUAUUUAUCCCUGCUAACCAUUUUGUCUAUAUACUUUAUAUAGCUAUCAUCUUGUCUAUAUACACAACAUUUUAUCUAGCUAUCAUCUUAUCUAUAUACACAAUUUAUUUAGCUACCAUCUUUUCUAUAUACACACACUUUUGUAUUUAGCGAGAAAAGAAAUACAUUGUGCAAUUAGAGAAAAGAAAAUGUUUCUUCUGUCCAUCUGACAAUCAGAGCUCUGCAGCUGUUAAGAUGAGCCCGAUUGGGUUUUGAUUUAUUUUGAUAGCAGUCGCAAAAUUUCAUAUUUAGAUAAAUAUUAUUUUUCAAAUAGAAUAUACUGAAGUUUUUGUUACCAGAUUUUACACUUUUUACAUCGAUUCUUUACCUUUCUAGACUACAUGUCAAUGUUUAAUUCUAGGCUACAUGUCAAUGUUUAGUUCUAGGCUACAUGUCAAUGUCUAGUUAGUUUGACGCAAAGGAAAACUUUGACAAUAAAUAAUGGCACAAA